GUUCUUGUAAAAGUUUAAGUUAUAUUACGAUAUAUUUUGUAGAAAUUAUUAAUUGGUACAUUAACUUUAUAGCGACAUCUACAAUUAAUAUUUAUGAAAUAAACGAUUAAAUAAAGUGAAACGACCAUUGUGUUCAGUAACCGCCAGGUGUCGAUAAUAUUUACCUUUUGUUUUGACGACCUCGACUCGCGAGUAGUCGCGAGAUGUCACGCUCACUCGGCCGCGCGAUACAACUUUAUUCCGCUUUGUUUUGCGGAGGUGAGAGGACAUGGUGUAGCUGUCGCUCGAAUUUGUGCGUUGUGUUCAAUGUUUUUCUUAUUAAAAAGUAUUUAUUGAGUGAAUAGACAUAAUAAUUUUGUACGAAAAGUGUUUUUACAUUCGAACGAAGACUGUGCAUGUGUUCAAGUAGAUGAAAGAUCAGUACAUUUGCGCAAUAGUUGGUGAGACUUGAUGUCAAUAAACUUGUCGGUUGUAUUUUAUGGGAAAGGUGUGCCGCGUCGCGCUGGUACCUGUUCUCGGCGGGUGGGUGCUCGAGGCCGGGAUAGUGACUACAAGUUAAAUGCAGUUGGCUUGUGAGAGCCAUGGAGUCGUAGACAGGAUCGAGGUUACCCAAGAUGCUGGUUUUAUCAUUUGGCUGUAAUCCUCUACAUCCUUGCUUAACAUUCGAAAAAGCUUGGCCUUUACCCGAACAACAUUCAGCGAAGAAAAUAUGUAAAAAGAACACUGACACUGCAAGACUGAAUCCAAAAGUUGCCUUAAAAAUGAGCGGCGACGCAAGAUGAUGAAACGUUCAGACUUAUUUUUAUACGAAUAAAAACAUUAUGCGGAAAAAGCAAAAUAGUUUUUGAAAAAAUUUUUGAGCAGUAUUUUUCUAUGAAUUUAUCAUAGACGAACUUGUGUGUGGUGCUAUAAUAGUGUAGUGAAGUGACAUCGAUUGUAUCGAUAAGGACAACAAUAUCGAUAGUUUAGUGAGGUGAGAGUGGUGAUGGUGUGAGGACUGGAUGGUGAUGAGUACCGCGAUGAGCAGUGAGGGCGACGCGGUGAAGGUGGAGGGGGGACACGUGUCUGUCACCACUAUCAGCAUGUCGGGUCCUGAAACUAGUAACGGUCAAUUCUCGUACAGUUCGAGCGGGGUGCGCAUCAGUGUGUCUUCAGUGCCUCAUGAUGAAGACUCCACUGAUGCCGAGAUCUCUAAGAUCGACUUCACACAACAUCAGUACGAGGUUAAUAUGCGUAACAAGAAGAAGCGUUCAUUGAGUGGUGCCCCCGAAGUGUCCAGCAAUGAACGGGAACGACCAAUGUCCUGGGAGGGAGAGCUCUCUGACUCGGAGAUGGUCAUAGACACCGGUGGUAACAAUGACGAAAAUAGCAGUUCUCUAGACCUCCAAUCGUCGAGGGAUUCAAUCGACACCCUUCGCAACGUGAGCAUAAAGACAGAACCUGUAAAGACUGAGGGUUUCCAGGGCGUGGAUGAGCAGCGGGUCCUGGAUCUGAAGUACAGCGCCCCGCUGCAGCCACACCAGCGGAGUCUUAGUAUGAAUAGGAUAUCAGUGCUCACAGAUGGCACGUCCCUCUCUCUUGCAAGACGGCCCUCCUCUCCGACCAGUAGUGCCAAAUCCCUCGCAUUAAGUGACCAGGGUUCAACACAUAUGACACACACCGGACUCGAUCAAGUACAGAACCUGACCAUCAAGAAGGAAACGCAGUUAUCAGAAUUGAAAUGCGAGCAGUCAGUGGGUAUGGACAAGUUGAUAGGUGCGCUGCACGGCUCGCCACUGCUCGGGCGCCUGCCGCGCGUACAGUCCAGUGCGAGCACGGACUCCGCUGUACACUCCAUGUACACGCACAGCGUAUACAGCAGUCCGUCAGCGAGUCCCCGCGCGUCCCGCCACUACACGCCGUCCUUGUCCCGCAACAACAGCGACGCGUCCCACUCGUCCUGCUACUCAUACAGCUCCGAGUUCUCGCCCACACACUCGCCAGUGCAGGGUCGUCACCCGCACGUAAUGUACCGAGAAGCGGCGGCGGCAUACGACGGUACACACGAGGACGAGCCGGACGCCCCUGAGGACAGGCUGCAUCACCAUCAGGGUAUUAGCAGACAACAGCUUAUUAACAGUCCAUGCCCAAUCUGCGGAGACAAGAUCAGCGGCUUCCACUACGGCAUAUUCUCGUGUGAAUCCUGCAAGGGUUUCUUCAAGCGAACGGUUCAGAACCGCAAGAACUACAUGUGUCUCCGAGGUGGGAACUGUCCUGUCACCGUCACUACUAGGAAGAAGUGUCCAGCUUGCAGAUUUGAUAAAUGUUUGGGUUGUGGCAUGAAACUUGAAGCAAUCCGCGAGGACCGUACCCGCGGCGGUCGCUCGACGUACCAGUGCUCGUACUCGCUGUCGGGCGCGGCCAGCACGGGCUCGCUACUGUCUGCGCAUGCGCCCACCACGCUACGACACGCCUCCAGUCUUACUAGCGUUAACGGCCCCGGCUCGUACAGCAGCCGAGGGGAGUCCAGCAACAGCCAAGUGACGCCAGAUAUACCGCCGUUAUUGCAGGAAAUAAUGGACGUGGAACAUCUGUGGCAAUAUAACGAGUCUGAGCUGAGUAGACUGGGCAAAUCCACGGGAGGGAGUCCUUCAGCCAACCCUCUGUUGGCGGCGAGCGGGAUCACGGCGCAUAACUCCAGCCCUGACUUCUUGGCCGACCUCUGUAACAUCGCCGACCAUCGACUCUACAAGAUCGUCAAAUGGUGCAAGAGUUUGCCGCUUUUUAAAAAUAUUUCGAUCGACGACCAGAUCUGCCUGCUAAUAAACAGUUGGUGCGAGUUGUUGGUACUGUCGUGUUGUUACCGCGGCGUCAGUACGCCCGGGGAGGUGCGCGUCGGAGGAGGACGGGGGAUCACGCUGCACCAGAGUGCCAAGUUGGGUCUGACGCCUUGCAUCGAACGCAUGCUGAGUUUCACCGACCAUCUGAGACGGCUGCGAGUGGACCGAUACGAGUACGUGGCGCUCAAAGUCAUCGUACUACUCACUUCAGACGCUCCAGAUUUGCGUGAAGUGGAGAAGGUCCGGGCGUCCCAGGAGAAGGCGCUGGCUGCGUUACAAGCAUACAUAGCGACUCACUCGCCCGGCACGCCCGCCAAGUUCGGAGAGUUACUCCUACGUAUACCUGAACUACAGAGGACUUGCCAGUUCUUCAUGCAAGUCGGUAAAGAAAUGCUGAACCCGGCCAACAAAAGCAAAGACGGUGAUGGACCAAGCUUCAACUUGCUCAUGGAACUGCUGCGCGGCGACCACUGACCUCAACUCGACUCGAGCUCACCUCAUACUGACCUUAGGGUCAUCACACGACAACCUCAAGGUCAUCAUACGACAACCUGAAGGUCAUCACACGACGACUUAAAGGUCAAAAACCAUUGCUCAAGAAUAUAAUAAGUGUAUCCUCUCUAGAAUGACAAGGAUCAUCAAAACUAUAUCAUGUACAUCAGUCAAUGAAUUAAAAAAAAACUAGUCUUCGCUCCUUCAUUGGACUGCGUUAAUAAGCCUUAUAAUUAUUUUGGACAUAUAUACUCGGAUAUGCGUGUUUUCUAUGGCGAUCAUCAUCGAAUCAAUCAUCAAUAUACGUAAAAAAACAAUCAGCCGAACAUAGUAUAUUAUCCUUUUUUUGAAGUCGGUAAAAAUCGAUUAAUCAUUACUUGUUUGGCCUUAGCACGUAAAAGAUUUGCUGCAAAAUUAAUGCACUGCAUUUGAUAAAGUCAUCAUUAUUAUUACAUGUACAGUUAGCAGUCAUAUUAAGAGCCUAUAGGUGGCCACUGCUGACCAAUGGUCUCUUCUUACUCUACUCUCUCUCUCUCUGCUCAAACUCUUGCACUAAUUAGAAAAUUUGAUGAUAUGGCUAAUUCUCCUAUUACGCCAAGUACUUCUUUUGCUACAUAUCUCUUUUAAAACCUAUACUGCUGACUGUACAUUGCAUUUUUAAUCAGAUUAAAUAAAUCGUUAAUUUAGCAAGGAUGCUAAAGAGGUUAAUUAUUCCAUUUGUCAAUUAAUCAAUUCAUUAAUUUGAUAAAAAAACACAUGGUAUUCACUUAUCAUUCGUUUCAUAACUAAUGCCCUUUAGUAUCAAAUAAGUGCCAAUCUAGCUAAUAAUAUUGCAUUUAAUUUGUCUGUCCGUCUGAUAAGCUAUCCUUAACCUUUUCUACCUACAUUUUUAAUUUUAUAUAGGGCAACACUUCGUAAUAUUUAAAAAAUUCUUCCACAGUGUUGCCUGUAGUAUAAAAUAACGCUUUCCAAAUGACAUGACAUUAUAACUAAACAAACAUACACUGCCAAUUGCUUUUACAUGUGUAUUUAAUAUUUUAUAAAAUGUAAGGCGAAGGGAUCAAUGGUUAGAUAGAUUUUACAUAAACUAAACACAAUUUUUAAUUUAUACCAUUGAUGUAUUUUUCGUAAUAUUGAAGUGUGUAAAAGGCUGUACCUUUUCAUAAAAUUAAACAAAUCUUCCUUAUGUAUUCAUAAAUAUUUAAAUUCAACGAAAUUAAAGCCAUCAAAUUAGUACAUUUUAGUACGUACUUGUAUUUUGUACUAAUUUUUAAACGAGCUUGGGGCCUUUAAACUAGCGAGUAGAUCAAGAACUGAAUCUUGCCUCAGCAUUUUUAUAACAAUUUUUUUAGAUGAAUUGAAAUGAAAUGAUGAAUUUAGGUGAUGAAAUUGUGUGUGUCGAGAGCCAAGUGUAUAUUAUAAUUACUUAAAAAUAUGACAAAAAUACAACGAUUUUACCUUUUGUGGUGUAGCAUGUGUGCGCUAACAAGAUGUUGACACGAGGACUGUGUAAUGAAACAUAGGUUUCAUAAUUAUGUAUUUAUUAUGAAAAUAACUCAUUUUUAAGGGAUGUCUUUAUAAUCAUUGCCAUUUUGAAUAAGUUACUUAAUUAUUAGUAUAAAGAGUUGUUAAUAUGUGCAGCUUAGAUGUAAACUUAGAUAUUUUCUACAAUUUUCUGAGGGUGUAACUUUCAGGAAAUCGAAUUAAUUUUAAAGUUUUUAUAAAAAACUCAUUUUUAAGUUAUGAAUUCGUUUUUUUUUCUUUAAAAUUUCGUAUUAUGGAUACGUUGGAUUUUUUAAUUUGCUUUUUUAAUAAGGUGUUGGUGCAAUACUUAGCAUAAAGUGUCAAUUUUUCCAUUAAAAAAAUUAUUUUAAAUUAUCUGUACCUUUAUGCUACGUCUUCGCCGUUUUUCCGCAAAGCUGGCAACACAGCUCUGCUAAACCAGUCAUUCACUGCCGAUUUGUAAAAUAAGACAUUGCUAUGAGCAAACUCUCUUUAUCGCAAUACUUAUUAGUUUUAAAAGAAAAUAUUCUCAAUAAGUAGAUUAUAAAAUUAGUAUUAAAAUGUAGUUUCUAGUUUCAUAUAUAAAUGCCUUAAAAAUUACAUACUUACAUAAACAUUUAGUAAAAAAUAAACUUUAUUUUUCUAAAUCAAAAAAAUCGUAGGAUACAUAUUAUGAUACGAUACACGCUCCCUAGAGGGCGCUACGGUCACUUAAAUACAUAACAUUACAACAUUCCAUACAUAAGUUAUAAACAUUAUAAUUGAAUUCUAUUUUAGUUGUUUUAUCGUAGUCAAAUCUAGGCAGUCUAAAUCUAUAGCCAGUUGCUCACAGAUCACGUCUUUAUUCUGUAAACUAUAAGGUCGAGUUUUGUAAAUCAAGGUUACGUUAGCCAAAUUAUGGUGUUUUAAAAAUAAAGUAACAAUGUGUUGAGCUAAUCCGACUCUACUUCAGAUUAUUACUAUAAUUAUGUUGCUAUCUGCACGAUGAAGUAGUAGCUAGAGAUAAAAAAAAUAUCUCAAACAAAGGCAUAAUAAAAAUCACAACUUUCCUGAGACAUACUAAGUUAAUUAUUAUGUUUCGGCUUACUCACGUACUUAUUUGACGAUGAACUCGACUAG